CUAUUUAUUGUUUCCCUUUUCAGGACAUGGUCCUCCCUGUCAAACUAAAUAAUCCCCUUACAAAGGCUGGAGGUGCAGCUCAAGAAAGUAGUCUUCUGCCAGUGAAUCUCUUUUGGUACAUGAGCCACAUCUAUAAGGAAGAAAUUAAAUGUAUUGAGAGGAACAAUAAAAGUAAAAUCACGGCACAGGUCCAUGUGACAUUUGAAGCUGGAAGAACAAAUGAGGCUCUCUGUGAGUUCAUCGAGCUCUAUCAGAGCUGCUUAGCUGAGUCAGGAGGCGUAGUCAUUCCCCUCAAGUUUGUAGAUCCAGAUCAGUGGAGCGAUGCACUGAGAGUCAUCAAGAAAAACAAAGAUAAGCUUUUGCUCUCUAUGUCCUCUGAAGAAGUUAUUGUCUGUGGUCCAAAGAAAGGCCAAGAUGAAUUCAGUGCAGUCCUAAAUGCAAUGCAGAAGAUAAACCAUCCCAUUGAUCACCUUAAACCUGUACCAGUUGGUACAUCACCCAGGAUAAGAAACAUGACAUUAACAGAUUCAAAUGUUGGAGCAAUAAAGCAUAGUGAUUAUCAGAAGAAAGCAGACUCCAGAACUCCUUUAACAAUUAAGAAACAGUAUCUUAUGAAUGCAUCAAUUGAAAAUAUUUUAUUGGAGAGAAAAGAAGACCCAUGUCUUAUAUGUUUAUCCCAAUUUACUAAUAAGGAACAGCUGAGGUGUAAGCAUGCAUUCUGCAAAGACUGCCUGCAAAAGGCAGUGCAGCACAGUGGACCAAUCUGUCCUAUAUGCAAAGAUGUGUUUGGUGUGGUGAAGGGAAACCAACCUGAGGGAACAAUGAAAUGGAAAAAACAUAACUAUGCAGACCUCCCUGGAUUCCCAGGCUGUGGCUAUAUAGAGAUCAGCUACUAUAUCCCUGGUGGAUUACAGACGGAAAAUCAUCCAAAGCCUGGACAGUACUUUGCAGGAACCACUAGAACAGCAUAUCUUCCAGAUAACAAAGAGGGGAAUGAAGUUCUGCACCUGCUGAAAAAAGCCUUUGACCAGAAGCUGAUUUUCACUGUUGGAGCUUCUAGGACAACUGGGAUGGAGAACGCAGUGACCUGGAAUGACAUCCAUCACAAGACAUCCAUGACAGGAGGACCACAGUGUUUUGGAUAUCCUGAUGAGACCUACCUGAGCAGAGUCAAGGAGGAGCUGAAAGCUAAAGGCAUCGAGUGAAAUCUUUAUUCUACAUUAACUGAUUACAUUUUAGAUAAAUAAAUGUCUUCU